CGGAGAGACGCACUUCCUCUGCAGCAGGACUUUUAUUUUGAAAGCUGAGGUUCGUCAUCGUGGAGACGUUUCUUUACGUUUUGUGUCGUAGCCGUUUGACGGUAUGUGGAAAGUAGCAAUGUCGGAGGAGGUUGGGAAGGCGCUACGGUCGGUCGUGGAGCGGGUGAACCAGGCGGCGGCACGACGGCCCAAGACACUGCCAGCUGUGUCGCCCCGCCUCGUAGCUGUCAGCAAGACAAAACCCCCGGACAUGGUUGUGGAGGCGUAUAGACAAGGGCAGCGGAACUUUGGAGAAAAUUACGUUAAUGAACUUGUGGAGAAAGCUUCAGAUCCUCAGAUUUUAGACUUGUGUCCAGAAAUCAAGUGGCACUUUAUCGGCCACCUACAGAAGAAUAAUGUCAACAAACUUUUGGGUGUGCCAAACCUGUUCCUUGUGGAGACGGUGGACUCCAUGAAGCUGGCUGACAAAGUGAACAGCUCAUGGCAGCGUGUCAGAGGAGCCAGCACACAGAGGUUAAAGGUCAUGUUGCAGAUCAACACCAGUGGAGAAGCAAGUAAACACGGCCUUCCACCAGAGGAGACUGUGACCACAGUGAAACACAUUGUGUCCCAGUGCUCAGCCCUGCACUUCUUAGGACUCAUGACCAUUGGGCGCUAUGGCUAUGACCUCUCCCUGGGCCCCAACCCAGACUUUCAGAUGCUGCUGACUCGGAGGCAGGAGGUGUGUGACACUCUGAAGUUACCUCUGGAGGAGGUGGAACUCAGCAUGGGUAUGUCCACAGACUUUGAACACGCGAUCGAGGUUGGUGCCACAAACGUUCGGGUGGGUAGUGUUAUAUUCGGCAACAGGGAGUAUCCCAACAGUGCAGCGAACACUCCAAAUCCCAGCCCUGCUCCCAGCCCCGCUCCCAGCCCGGAGAAAUCCUCCAAGGUGGUGUCAGAAGAGGCUGCCAAGAAAAUGCAGCACCUCACUGUGUCGAGACCCUAAGAUGAACUUCUCCUCCUCCGAAACAUCUUUAAGAAAAAAGAAGAAACUCCCUUCACGCGCAACCUGAACAGCAGUGAAGCAGAUAAUUUCCAGAGCCAUGUGGAGCUAGGAUUGCAAAAUUCUUACAUAAUUUUGAAGUGUAUUUGCUUAAUCCUCUUCACUUUCUUGUGUGCCCUUCUUGCAUUUUUAAGCAUUACAAAGUGGCAUUCGAUACAGAUCUAGUUUUACCUUUUUUAAAAGUAGUGUGUUACUAACCAUAGUGCUCUGACUUCCUUCUCAUGGAAACCUCUCCUACAUGAUUCCUGGAUACAAGACAAAUGUACAACUGAAAACAUGGUGACAUUUGCAAAAUCAUUUCCGAUGAGUUAUGAGAUAGUGAAGAUUUGUUGUGCUGAUGUAAUAUUUUCUACCUUUCCAACCCAACAUGUGACAGUGCUGAAAUGUACUUGACUGUGUACAGUGUCCCACAGAUCAUAAGUCCACACAGUACAGUGUACUGUUUAUGUUGUACGGAUGAAACAAAGACUUGAUUUAAUAAAUCAUGUAUCCCUUUAUAAUGACGCAUAGUAUUGUGUUUGAUAUUGUUUCGUAUGCUGUGUCAAAUGUGUCAAAUCUCUAUUCUUGAUAUUAACAAUUCCCACAGUUAACCUGA